CGGAGUCUCGCCGGAGUCACCGCCAUGGCCGGGCUUGCCUGCGGGUCCACGCGCGCGCUGCUCGCCGCCCUGCUGGCGCCCGCGCUCGUGGCGCUGCUGGUGACGCCGGCGCGGGGCCGGGGGGGCCGGGACCACGGGGACUGGGACGCCGCGGCGCUGCUGCCGACGCUGCCGCCCCGCGAGGACGCGGCGCGCGUGGCCCGCUUCGUGACGCACCUCAGCGACUGGGGCGCCCUGGCCACCAUCUCCAGCGAGCAGGCCGUGCGCGGCUGGCCCUUCGCCGACAUCUUGUCGCUCAGUGACGGGCCCCCGGGCGCGGGCACCGGCGUGCCCUACCUCUACCUGAGCCCUCUGCAGCAGUCCGUGGGCAACCUGCAGGAGAAUUCACAUGCUACGCUGACCAUGUCUUUGGCACAGACUAACUUCUGCAGGAAACAUGGAUUUGACGCCCAAAGUCCCCUCUGUGUUCAUAUAAUACUGUCAGGAGUUGUUACUAAGGUAAAUGAAACAGAAGCGGACUUUGCAAAGCAGUCAUUGUUUAUUCGACACCCUGAGAUGAAAACCUGGCCUCCCAGCCAUAACUGGUACUUUGCCAAGUUGAAUAUAACCAAUAUCUGGGUCGUGGACUACUUUGGUGGACCAAAAAUAGUGACUCCUGAAGAAUAUUAUAAUGUCACAGUCCAGUGAAACAGAAUAUGAGGAAUUCGACUACACAUGUGAAGUUGCUUAGGAUGGUUCAUACAGCCUUGAAGGGCUCGAAAUCUUCCCAAAUCAGCCAGUUUUCUCUCAGAUGAAGAAGAUUUGGGAAAUCUUCCCAAAUCAGCCAGUUUUCUCUCAGAUGCUGUUUUGUUUGCUUCUUUGCUUGCUUGCUUGUUUGCGGAAUAGACUUGCACAGUUACUGUAUUUCCUGGGAGAUGUGGUUGCUAUAUUUUUCCAUAUCUUAAAGCCACUUUAUAGGGAGGUGUCUUUCUUUAUGAUCAAAGAAGUUGUGUUCCAUCAAUCUCAAGUAGUUUUCUGAUGCUGUUCCUUGAAAAGGAGCAAGUACCAGAUUCAGAUCACCAGUGGGCCUUUGAAGCUGCUGGAGUGCAUGUUGGUUAUUCCUGGAGACAGGUGGGGAGAGGGCUGUGCCCACCCCUGCCUGCAGCUAAGCCUUCCAAGGGUGUGGUUCGUGUGGCUGUGUCCUGAAAAAAUCUUGCCAGGACCACCGUGAUGAGACACAAAUGAGCUUCCUACUCAGGGUUCAUUUUUGUCUGACUGUCUUGGUAGUGAUCCAACAGAGGGCAAAAUUGUUUUCUUAUAAAGACCAUUUUUUCAACUUUUUCAGAUCUAAAAUGAAAAUGAUCUAGAACAAAAUUCACAAAACAUUUCCUGAAAUUCAUUUUCGUUUCUAAGUAGAAACUGUUAUCAGUUAAUGUCACUCAAAUUACACACAUACAUUCACAAGUACAAAACGGGAUUGUGAAAGAUAAAGAAGGAGUAUGGAAUUUUGUGUGACUGUAGUUUCUGUGCUUUUAUAAGGAGUUUAACCCAGACACAAAACAGCUUUGUCAGGGCCAAAUAUCACUCCCAACCACUCUGUAGCUUUUUUAAGUUACUCUCCACCAUGAUCCUAGACUUCUUCAGCUGCUCUUAAAUCUCUAAAUGACUGCUAACUUACUGUCUAAAUCAGGUUAUCAGAGAGAAGAUAACAUGGCAUUUUUUAAGAAAUCACAUUUCCUCAGAAGAAAAGAAACUUCAGGUUUAUUCCCUGUAUACAUGAUUUCAGAAGACAGCAUAAGUUCUCUUAUAAAGAGCACUGUUAGAAAUAUAACCACUAAAUCCUUAAAUGGCUAAGAGAAAAGUUGAAUAUGAAUCAUGAUGCUUGAAAUCUAUAAAAUGAACUCAUCUGGCAAACAGCUCCUGUUUAAGGAAAAUGAUGUAUAUUAAACUUGGUAAAGCAGGUUUGUUGUUGAAAAGCAUCGAAAUAAAAAGCAUUAUUUUAAUGAAAUGUGUUG